GUGAUUAAGUUUUAAAUAUGGAUAUUUUUCUUACAAAAAUGCAUCGCUUUGCUCCAGAAGGCCUUUAUUCACCCCCUGGAGCCGUAUGGAUUACUUUUAUGAUGGAUGGAUGCAAUUUUUGGGGUUUCAAAAUCUUGAGCGCCAUUCACUCCCAUUAUAAAGCCUGGAAGAGCCAGGAUGUUUUUUAACAUAACUCUGAUUGUGUUUGACUAAAAGAAGAUAGUCAUAUACACCUAGGAUGGCUUGAGGGUGAGUAAAUUAUAGGAUAAUUUUCAUUUUUGGGUGAACUAUCCCUUUAAGGCCACUGGUUACAUGUUCAUAUUCCUUUGUUUUGUUUCCAUUGACCGUUUCAUACACACUCAUCUUCCUUCUUCAGUAUCACAGUUAAAUGACUUUUUUUUUUUUUAAGGUUUUGUUUAAUGUUUAUAUUAUGCAUUGUCAUAUCUGAUUGUAAUUGAAGUGACUUAUUAAACUAUUGAAGUUCUUUUUGCCCUAUAAAUACAUGUUUCUUUCUAAUUGAUUUAGUGUUUUGCUCAAAUGUUUAAGCCAUUUAGGAGGAAGAAAGAAAGUUGUGGCAAAAGUUUGUUUAGUCAUCAGUUUUUCUCCUGCAUACCGCACUCCUUAAAAAGACUCCACAGACAAACUAAUAACCUAGUGGUAGUUGUUCCAGUCAUCAUUAUGGUGAGUCCUACUUGUUUACUCUAACAGUGAUAUUUGUGAAACACUUGUGUGGCUUUUUGAAUUCGACAACUGACCUUCUGCUCGCCUAAACUCUAUUAAUGUUAUUAUUUAUGCUCGUAUUAGAACAGUGAACUUACCAUUUGACAUUUAACUAUCUGACCAGAGUAUGUUUUGUUUUUCUCGCUUUAAAUGGCUGUCCAAUUAAUGAAACUGUGGUUUUGAGCCAAUAUUAAACCUGACCCCAGAUCAGGGCUGUGAUGCUUGAUAGCGAAACCCUGGUUACACCUCUUCCUUAUUAAAGUUAUAGAAACAUGCAUUUCCUUUGAGUGCAUUUGUGAUUCUCACUAGUUUCAGAGCCGCUGCACUCCUGCACACACUUAUGUGCUGGCUAGGCCACUGCCACUAAUGUACAAGGUCUGAGGUCUCACUUUAACUCACUGGUUGGUGAAAGUAUGUUUUCCCAACCUAAUCAGAGCAAUCAGUUGAGCAGCAGCAGGACUGAUGACCAGAAUCCACCGUUGGCGGUGAAACUCAGACCUGUGGGCGCAGGCUCCAGGCCUUCUCCUAAACCACUCAUGGCCAAACCCAACUUCACAGUCAACUCUUUGGAGACUAGAAUCAAUCCUCCACUUUCUAACAACAAGGCCAAUGUUGACUCGAGAAGUGAUGCUGUUGGAGUGAAGCUGCCCAAUAGAGGACAACAGGAGAACUCGUAUACACAACCUCCCACUGCCGGAGCCAAACCCUGGAGUCCUGCCAAACCACCUGUCACGCAGAAACCUGUUCUCCGUAAAGACAUCUCUGCAGCACCGGGAACUGCUACUGAUGAUUUGUCAGUGCCGAAAAAGAAGCUUCUCCCCGCUGUGUUUGCUUUAGGAAAGUGUCCUGCCAAACCAAAGAGACCUCCACAUGUUAACCUCAACAAGUUCAGAGGGAAUGUAUCCAACACCAACAAUCCUGAACUUGAUCCUGAAGUUUUCCCCCUCCCACCCCCACCACCACCUGAACGCCUGUUGAACACAUCUAUGCCUCCACCCCCACCCCCACCGCCAGACUUCACAUUUCCACCUGCUCCCCCUUUGAUGGAUCCGACUCUUCAGGAGGAUUAUUAUGACGAUACUGACACGAUGAUGAACAGGACACAGACUUCAAUAGGUAAAAGCAGCAAUGACCCUGAGGAGUCUGAAGAGGAGAUGUACGAGGAUCUUGACCACAACUGGCCAGAAAACAACACAGAAACGAAGGAGGAAAAGACGACAAAAGAAUCAAAAGAACUCAAGAAAAAGCUUGAAAAAGAAGAGAAGAAACGCUUGGAACAGGAGAAGAAAGAGAAGAAAGAGAGAGAGAAAAGGCAGCAGGAGGCCAGGAAAAAGUUUAAAAUCAAGGGUACGAUUGAGGUAGUUGACACGGUGAAGGCCACAGUGGACCACAAAGGUGGGAAGAACAAACUUCCACUGAAGCAGGGAGAGACCAUUGAAAUUGUCCGCAAAAAAGACAACCCCAAGGACUACUGGCUUGCCAGGAACACUGAAGGCCACUAUGGUUUUGUGAAGCCUGACACUCUAGAUGUGCGUGGUGAAGUGAGACACACACAGGAUGGACAGGAGGUGUACGAUGAUGUGGGUGGAGGUGAUGAAGUCAAUAAUCUACCAGACGCAACUGAAUGUGAUGAUAUUUAUGAGUGUGCAGAUGAUACUCAAGCUGAUUUCAGCUUCCCCCCUCCACCCCCCCUUGAGUUUAAUGGUGUGGAUGUCACUGAUGAUACGUAUGAUGAUGUGAAUCCAACAGACUUCCCUCCACCUCCUUCUCCUGACAGUUUUCCAACAUUCAGCUCAACAAGCAAGACAAACGAGAUGGACCCAAAGAAAAAGAAAAAGUUUGAGAAGGAGGAGAAAGAGUUUAGGAAGAAGUUUAAAUAUAAUGCAGAAAUCAAAGUGCUUUAUCAAGCUACUGUCCUCCAGUCACUGUCUAUAAAGAAGUUUGGUAAUAAAGACCUGCCGAUAAAACCAGGAGAAACGCUUGACGUGAUAGUUCACCCAGUAGAUGACAAAAUCAUCGGCCGUAACAGCGAAGGGAAAUUUGGCUAUGUGUCGACUGCUAAUUUGGAGCAGGACGGAUCUGUUUAUGAUGAUGUUGGUGAUGGGUGCAUCUACGACAACGACUAAGCGUGGAUCAACUCAUCUAGCAUGUGUUUUCAUCACUUUGAACAUCUUUAUUUCAUUGAUCCUUUCAGAAAAAAAACAAUGUUUUUUCAUUGUUUGAGAAUUAUAUAUAGUGGAUAUUAUACAUUGAAUAUAGUGACCUCUGUAGGAAUAAAGU